GAAUCGCCACUAACUCCCGGUCUUCGCCAAUCUGCUCGCUCUCUCCCUGUGGGGAAGGAGGUCAAGAAGAGAAGCGAACGAGAGAGAUUUCCUUGGUUUGGUUCCGUUGGGCUUCGUCGAUCCAUGGAUUCUUUGUGUCAUCCUCAUCUGCCUCUUGCUCCUUGAUUCCAUCUCUUGAUCACAGUUUCUGUCUCUACCUCUACACAAGAACGGUGGAGAUUCCAGCCAUUCCCAUGACGGAUCCCGCGUGCUCUUCCCCGCUCAUCGCGCCAGUCCCUGUCCCCGAUCCCAACGAGAUCGACCUGGAAGCCGGCUCUAGCGAGCAAUUCCAGUGCUGGAUCUGCCUUGAAAGCGAUGGAAUGGAUUUCAUAGCGCCUUGCAAGUGCAAGGGGACUUCCAAGUACGUCCACCGUGAAUGCUUGGACCACUGGCGGGCUGUGAAGGAAGGUUUUGCAUUUUCUCAUUGCACAACCUGCAAGGCUCCUUACUAUUUGAGGGUGCACGGUCCCGCAGACAGGAAAUGGAGAAUUUUGAAGUUCCGAUUCUUUGUUACCAGGGAUAUACUGUUUAUUUUUGCAGCUGUUCAACUUAUAAUUUCUUCGUUGGCAUAUCUGGUUUAUUUGGUUGAUCGCUCUCAGAACUAUUGGUUGCGAAUGGCUUGUGGUUUUGACAGUGAAAUAAGUUUCUACUAUAUAUGUGGGGCGCUAUUAUUUUUUGCUCUUCUUGGGUUAUCUGGGUGCUUUAUAACUUGUUACGAUCAACAGUUGCACAAUGAUUUGGCUCAGCCGUGCCGAGAAUUUUGUCUUUGUUGCUGUCGACCAGGACCGCGUGCAGACUGUGAUCUCCCCGGUACCCUCUGCAUCUGGGCGGACUGUACCACUUGCUUUGAUAAUUGUGGAAGCACAGGCGGGGAAUGCGGGUGCUUAGGAGGAGAGACUGGCGAAGCGGGUUUGCCAUUGAUGCUUAUUGUUGGACUACUUGUUCUUGGGCUCUUCACCGUCGUCGGCAUAUUUUACAGCGUGAUCGUGGCAACCAUGGUCGGGCAAAGGAUUUGGCAGCGUCACUAUCAUAUACUCGUUAAACGGAUGCUAACAGAAGAGUAUGUAGUGGAGGACGUGGACAGCGAGGCCACAGAUUGGUGCCCGCCACCCCUUCCCGCGGACCAUGUUCGACAGCUAAAGGCACUCGGACUCCUGUAGUCUAAUAACCUUUCAAGGCAAAUGACCAGUUGUGCUUAAUUUGAUUCGCUUCCCGGCCCGGUCCAACCGUAGAUCGAGUUCAACUCGACCCGAACCCAACCGCUGGCCAUCGCACAUAUAACGUGGCCAUCUACCCCCAACCCUUUUUCGCGAGGGUUUUGCGGUCACCCUCUCGGCCGCGGGAGAUGGCGGCGGCGGCGGUGGAGUCGGUCCAGUGCUUUGGUCGGAAGAAGACGGCGGUGGCGGUAGCGCACUGCAAGCGCGGUCGCGGCCUCAUCAAGGUGAACGGCGUCCCCAUCGAGCUGGUGAAGCCGGAGAUCCUCCGCCUCAAGGUCUUCGAGCCCAUCCUCCUCCUCGGCCGGCAGCGAUUCAUGGGCGUCGACCUCCGCAUCUAAGGCCGUUGUUGCCUUCCACCAGAAGUACGUCGACGAGCAGUCCAAGAAGGAGAUCAAGGACAUCCUCGUCCGCUACGAUCGCACCCUCCUGGUUGCCGACCCACGGCGUUGCGAGCCCAAGAAGUUCGGAGGCCGUGGCGCCCGUGCCCGCUUCCAGAAGUCGUACCGUUAAUAUCUGCCGUGGAAUGGGUUCGCAUUCAAUCACCAUCGAGUUUGGCUCUUUAUCUUUUGGUCCAAUGUUUCUGAGGCUUGUUUGUUCUUUUCUUAAGAGAUGGAUGUUCGAUUAUACAACUUUUGCUAUGAUUCUGCUCUUUGUUUCUUAUUAUUUUGAUAUUGUGAACUAGAUGUUGCUUUA